GGAGGAGAGGAACAGAUGUUGCUGCCGUAGCCAGACAGCAGCUCGGAGAAGCGGCCAGCCGGAGGAUGGUGUCUUCAUUUUUAAUUUAUUAUUGUUGAAUUUCAACAAAAUGAAGCGGCUUUACUCAUAACUUCGCGAGGACGGCGGCUCUGCUUGUCUCCAGGACGAUGAGAGGGACGCUGCAGUAGAGGAGCAGUGACAUGCUGGCUUGCCUGCCAGCGUCAGGUGACCCCGCCAUCCGACUUCUUCACCGCACGCAGAUGAACACUGGACUUCAAAAAUGGGAAACCACACAGAAGAUGAGAUCUGCCACCCAUCCGACGCCUGCAGAGUUGGACGCCUAUGCUAAGAAAGUCGCCGACAAACCUCUGAGCAUCCAGAUCUUCCCAAACAGCAUCAAGGUUCCUCAGAAGAAGCACGUCCGCCGCACCGUCAACGGCCUGGACACGUCGUCGUCCGCGCAGCGCCACAGCCCGUACCCUCCGCAGCUGGCCGCCGGCGCCGGGCUCCUGACCGUCCUCCGCGCGCCUCCCCGGGGCCUCAUCAAGCAGCCGGACGGCUGCCGCACGCGGCUGCAGCUGAAAGCCGCCAUGAACCCUCAGAGCGGCCCAUACGCCGCGCCCAGCACUUUAAACCUCCCGCACCUGGCCGCUCAGAAGCAGGGGGCGGAGCAUCCGCAGCAGAACCUGGCGCACCCCAUGGCACUGCAGCAUCACCAGAGGAGCAUGGCUCAGUCUCAGGCUCUGCAGCAGCAGCAGAGGCUGACGCAUCCACCCGCCGUUCAGCGGCAGCCGCCCCCUCAGGACGUGGCGCCCUGUGACGCCGCCAUGCCGCAGCAGCACCUCCCUCACAUGCAAACUCUGAAGCAUCAGGCGGCUCCAGCGCAAUCUUUGGGAGCGACUCAGGAGCUGCGGCAUGUCCCGGACAGCGUGGCCAUGCAGGCGGCGCCGCCGGGCCCCCCCGCCCUGCCGCCGCCUCCGUACGGCGCCCGCAAGCUGCCGGACGCUGACGCCCCGCCCAACGUGACGGUAUCUACCUCCACCAUCCCGCUGUCCAUGGCGGCCAGCCUGCAGCAGGCGCGGCCCGGCGACCUGAGCAGCAUUGUGCUACAGAUCAACCAGCUGUGCCAGGCGCGCGCCGGCAUGGGCGCCACGUCCGUCUGCGAGGGCCAGAUCGCCAACCCCAGCCCUAUCAGCCGCAACCAGCUCAUCAGCGCCAGCUCCAGGGUUUCCCAGCAUGCCUCGGGGGCCGGCGGCGGCGUCUCCAGCUGCCUGCUGAUGGACAAGCCGGCCGCUCCGGCUCCCGCCCCGGCCUGCAGCAACAACAACAUGGCUGCUUUCCACCCGGACAGCGACAAGCAGAUGCAGCAGCACCUGCUGCAGCAGAAGCACCAGCAGCAGCAUCUGCAGCAGCAUCUGCAGCAGCAUCUGCAGCAGCAGCAGCGCUCCUGGGCGCAGCACCAGCUGGCCCACAUGCAGCAGCCGCCAGAGGGAGCGCACCCCUGCAAAACCCCGCGGCUGGAUCCGGUGGCUGAGUGCGCCUUCCCCUCCCACGGCCUGAGCUACGGCCACAAGCCGCCCGCCGCCGCGCACGUCUUCCCACCGAAGCACGCCGCAGACAAAACGCUGCCCCCCUCCUCCGCCAACUGCUCCUACCUGAACGGCCACUACCUGCAGCCGGCGUGGGGCGCUGUCCCGGGCGCCGCCGGAAACAACGGGAACAUUCCUCAGGACCUGCCGGUGGGCUUCCAGGGCGGACACGCCGCCGCAGAGCGCAUCCCGGGAGCCAAGUACCGGCCGGGGAAGGACGGCUCCGCCGGCCAGCCCAAGCUGCUGCAGCACAGCGUGGAUUUCCUCGGCGAGGAUUUCCAGAUACCCGGCAUGCAGGAGCAGAGCGUGGAAAUGAUGCAUAAGAUGCACCGCGGCGGCGGCCAUCAUCACCAAGGCUACCAUUAGACUCCACAUCGACCCGUUUGUUCCCAACAGCACUUCGACCUGCUGAGCAGAGCCGGGCGAUAAAAAUCGCUUUCUUUUCUGAAAAAGAAAAUACAAAAAUAUUUUCUAAAGUUUAUUUUAUGAUUCCCUCUGAGUGUCUGGGCCACAAUGCAAAAAGUUUUAAUUAUUCAAUUAUGCGAAUAUAGUCAUAAUUUUAGCAAAAUAAAGACACAAUUUUACCAGAAUCAAGUUUCUGCACUUGUAGCCUGGCUCUAAUAUUUCGCCAUCAAGUUGAACUGAAUCCAAAGUCCAAAUGAACAGAAGCUGUAAAAAAAAAACGCUUGUCAAACAAGAUGGCCGCCAUGACAUCACUCCGACCCAAUGAGAGCAUUUAUGAAAAAAAAUCCAGAACUUUUAAUCUUCAGAAAACUAAAAUUUGAUUAAUCGAUGUGAUCGAUUUAUCGCCCAGUUCUGCUCCAGAGUUUCAUAGUUUGGCUUCGUGUGAUGGACCGGCGGCGCCACGCCUCGCCGUGCGGCGCUGCACGGUGCGGCGCCGCAUGGCGCCUUGGGGAUGUGGAGACCGCCGAGGCUGGGAGGCUGCUCAGUGGAAGCUUCCCGAGCUCGAGCGUCGCCGCUCCGGACCGCCGCAGCACUUCUCAGUUUCACGACUUUUCUCAGCAUUCGUGGCCUUACAAGCGCCUAGAGGCGAGCUUCAGGAAGUCCUGGAACCACGGGUUCUCAUCUCCGCCCCGAAGGCUCGGCUCGGCUUUGCUUUGCAGUUCUGAACUUUCCCCUUCUCCUCGCCAGGUUUUCUUGUAGUUCUUUAGUUGUUGUGGAUCUGUAGCUCGCCCUACUUGAACUGUAGAAAUGUAAAAGUUUGGCAGAAGGAGCAGAAACUCCGUCAGGCCGUAUUUAAGUCUGGUUAAUGUGAAGCGAAGGCGUCCUGUCGGAACGGCGUGUGAUGCCGACUCCUCCCUCUUCAGCGCAUCUACUCACCUCUUUCCUGAUUCGUCUCUGUGAAUCGGUUUGAUUUCUGUUAGCGUUGAGCAGCAAACCCACUUCCUGUGGAUCCUGGGGUUCGUUUGGAGGGAGGGGGCGUGGGCCGGUUCCAGGUUCUCAGAAACAUCCGCCCACAAAUCACAACAAGCAUCCGGAAACUUCCUCUAAUGCAUUAAUUUAAAACAGAAAAGAAAAAGUAAAUAAAUAGGAACGGAUUGAUUUCCUGCUCAAUAUUUAAUAAAAAGUUAGCUAGCUUUUCUGCCGUCAGCGUUGUUUAAUUUAUAAGAGGAGACGUCACACUGUGUGUGGAGGACCAUUUGGAUUGAAGUUUGGGUCACACUUAGUCUUUAGCGUCUUGGUCUUUUAGCAUCAUAGCUAUAGAGUAUUUAGCUCCCUAUUAGCCAUUAGCACACUUAGCAUAGCUAAUAUUUCUGUUGGUAUUCAAUUGAAGAUUUAAAUCUUUACUUCAACUUUGAGCUUUCCAACAGGCUGCCAAUGUUUCCUAAUUGACAAACUUCAAUUACAAACAAAGUUGAAAACUGAACAGCCUUCCUGUUAUCUGAUCUAAUUCUCGCGCUCUUUCCCGUCCUUUGGUCUAUUACGGCCUGAAUCAACUGCAGCUAUUUCUCGAGUUGCCGUUAAAAAAAAAAGUGUAGUCCACUCAGUAGGCGAUUUCUUGAUGCAUUUUUAAAAUUUAUUAAGACUAAAACAAAAAUCUUAUGCCGGAUUUCUACUGAGCGGUUCGGUAAGUCAUUUUAUGGUCCAAUAUGUUAAGGAGAAUGUUUCAGGGAAAGAGGGUAUAAAAUAAUCUCUGUGUUAUUUCCAAAAAACAGGCAGAUUAUGUGGAAUAUUAGUUAUUUUCUCACCCUUUUAUCAAUCAAUCAAUCAAUCAAAUUUUAUUUGUAUAGCACAUUUCAGCAGCAAGGCAUUUCGAAGUGCU